AUGAUAGUCCUCACGGGAACCACAGGCGGCCUAGGCUCUCAAGUCCUCAAACACCUCCUCCCUCUCCUUCCCCCUUCUCAGAUCCUCGUCUCCCUCUACAACCCCUCCGGCGCAUCAGAGCUCGUCCGUUCCUCAGGCGUACAAGUCCGCCAGGCGUCGUACAAAGAUCCUGCUUCCCUGGACGCUGCCUGGGCCGGAGCAGACAAACUGCUCAUCGUUUCCUACCCUUCGAUAGCUUAUGAUAUACGUGUUCGAGCGCACAGGAACGCAAUCGAUGCUGCUAAACGGCUCGGGAUUGGUCAUGUGUACUAUACGUCUCUCGGGUUCGGCAGUGGCUUAGGGGGAGAGAGUAAGGCAGCGGUGAUGCAGGCGCACCUGGAGACGGAACGGUAUUUGAAGGAGAGCGGGAUGAAGUGGACUAUCAUCCGGGAGGGGAUAUACUCUGAGAGCUGGCCGCUGUAUCUCGGCUUCUGGGGACUGGGAGAAGGGGAGGAAGCGGUCGUCCCGGUUGGUGAUGGGCCGGUCGCUUGGGUCAGCAGGGAGGAUCUGGGUGAAGCAACUGCGAGGAUCAUCGCUCAGGGAGCGUAUGCGAACGAAAGCAUACUCCUCUCGGGGCAGAAGACAUACACUCUCGUCGAGUUCGCGGCGCUUAUCAGCCAGAUCCUGUCCACCACGAAGCUCCAGCUUCGAGCCGACAGCGUCGAGGGCUACAUCCAUACACACGAGGGGCCUGGCCCAAGGGGAGAUCCCGAGUUCCUUAGACAGUGGGCGACGACGUACGCUGGCCUGGCAGCUGGGGAGUGUGCAGUUGUGGACCCGACUAUUGUGAGUGUUUUGGGGAGAGAGCUCAAGUCUGCUGAGAGGACGCUGAGGGAGAUGUUGGGUGUUGGAGGGGAUGAUUCGUUGGACAGGUAUGCGAAAUGA